GUAGACGUCGCUGGUCAAGAUCCGACAUAGCGAGCCCGUAAAUUCAAAGGCAGAGAUUUGAGCGUAAAUUGUAUUACGCAUUUUGGUUUUAAUCUGGUCAUGAUACACAAAGAUUUUCCCCUCUAGAAUUAUGAAAAACUGAAUAAUACGGUUUUAACGUUCAUUCAAUCAACAAAGUCCAGUACAGAAAGUAUAAAAAUCAUAGCCAGCCAACUGAGCCAACCACCGGCAGCCACUGGUUUCAGACAACGAAUUCAGACUUAUGUUUCAGACCUACAGAGACUGUGUACUGCUGUGUACCACGUGUUAGCCCGAGAAUAAACAGACUUAACCAAGAAACAACAUUUUUAAAAUGCAGAAGGCUGAUUCCUCGCGGGUGGUUUUAGAGGAAUAUGGAAUUUCCAAUGCAUCAGAAUAUUCGAUCGUCCAAAGAGGGGAGCGAUGGAGCAUCCAAAAAUUCAAAGAGAAAUUAAAAAUAGAGAUUAUCAGAGAAGGAGAUAAGGGAAAAGAGUUGGAGUUCGAUAUUAUUGGAUGCUCUCCGGCAUUGGCUAACGCAUUUCGGAGAAUCCUCUUGAGUGAGGUCCCUUCCAUGGCAAUUGAAAAAGUUUUUAUCAGAAAUAAUACAAGUAUAAUGCAAGAUGAGGUCUUGGCACAUAGACUGGGUUUAUUGGGACUACGAGCAGAUCCUAGACUGUUUGAAUAUCCGGCUCAACCCGUAAGUGAAGAUGAAGAUGCCAGCGAUCAAGACACGUUGCGAUAUGAAUUAAAAGUCACUUGCACUUGGAAUCCACAUCCUCCUAAGGAUUCUAAAAGGCCGGAAGAUAUUUAUCGCAACCACAAUGUGUAUAGUCGAGAUAUUAAAUGGGUUCCACUCGGCCGACAGGCAGAGAUAUAUCCGAGAGGUGAAGAACAGCUUGGAGUUUUGGAGGGAGAUAUUUUAAUAUGUAAAAUGCGUCCUGGCCAAGAAAUACACGCUUUUAUGCAUGCAGUCAAAGGGUUAGGAAAAGAUCAUGCGAAAUUCUCACCAGUUGCCACUGCGUCAUAUCGAAUGCUGCCUGAAAUACAGCUGACAAAACCGGUGAAGGGGGAAAUGGCUGAUCGAUUGAAAAGCUGCUUCAGUCCAGGAGUUAUAGAAAUUGUCCGAGAAAAGAGCGGUUCGGACGAUCGCGAAGCCAUAGUGAAGAACGCACGUUAUGAUACUUGUUCCAGAAAUGUUUUUAGACACAAUGAUCUAAAAGAAUGUGUACACAUGACUCGUGUACCCGAUCAUUUUAUUUUUACCAUAGAAUCGCUUGGUGCCCUGCCUCCCACCGUUCUAUUCGUCGAAGCAAUGAAGACCCUAAAAGCCAAAUGCAAAAUAUUCAUUGAAGAGAUCGAUAAUAUUGGUUGAUGUAUCUUCAUCAAAUUAAUCUGUAAAUAAACAAAACUCAACUCACAUUAA